ACACACACACACACACACAGAGAGAGAGAGAGAGAGAGAGAGAGAGCGUGCUCUCGCGCUAUAAAUAUUUUCCGCGCUCGUGCUGAGACCAGACGCGCCUCCGUUAAGCGCGUGCACGCAGAGAGACUCGGACUGGGUUCGGAGAUGGAGAGUAAGGAACCGGAGGAGAGCUCGGAGGAGGACCUGGACAGCGUGAAGGCGCUCACCGAGAAGCUGAAGCUGCAGACGCGCAGACCAUCUUACCUGGAGUGGCAGGAGCGCGUGCUCAGCGGGUCGUGGAACGGCUGCCGAGGCGCGCGCGCAGCGACCGUAAGCGCACAGCGCGAGGACCCCGACGGCCCGCGAGACAUCUGCGGCUUCCGGUCCAUGGACGAUGCGCUGCAGUGGCUCCGAAACGAGCUGAGGGAGAUGCAGCUGCAGGACCAGAGGUUGGCGCGUCAGCUGAUCCGUCUGCGUGGCGAGCUGCACCGGCUGAAGGUGGAGCGUGUGUGUGAUGGACAUCGGGAGAUGCUGGAUGACGCUGCGCUGGAGCUGGAGGAGUGCGGUGAGGAGUGUGACCUGCUGUGUGACGUGCCGCUCAAGGCCGCCUUCACCCUAUCCACACCGCUCAAACACCUCGGCCUCACCAAGAUGAACCUCAACGCCCGCCGUUUCUCCCUCUGCUGAACACCUCCAGAUCCUCGGAGAGUGAAAGAUCUCACGAGCUACAGAUAGACCAUGUAGCAGGCUGAGUCUACUGUUCACGGCUCCUGAAGAUCUGAAGGUCUGUGGCUUUAAUGACGUCAAUGUCCAACACUUCUAAACGCCAUGGUGCGUUCAAAAUGGGAUCUGCAGCUUACAAAAGCUCUCAGAAGCUACAGAAUUGUCGCAAAAACAGACUGAGCUUAAAUAUUUUAGCUCUUGGAGAUCAGGAGUCUGUGGUUUUGCUAAUGUUCCAGGGUUGAAGCUCAGCUUAACCUUAAGAUUCUCUCUGCUAGACAAUAUGAUGACUUUAAAACACCCUAAAGACCUUAAAAUACAGAUAUAUUACAUUUGAAAAGCUACAGGAUACAAUUAAAUUAAAGUUAAAAUGCAAGCACUACUAGGCUGCCACUGCUAGGUCUUUAGUUAGGCUGACCCUGACCUUUGACCUCCAGCUUCCUUUCAAGUUGGGGUGUGUGAAGAAAAAGAAAAAAAAAUGAAUGGUGGCUGGAGAACACCAUUCGCAAGGAAAUAAGCCAUAACCCCUACCAAAGAUAAACCAAGCUUCAGAUUGUGGAUACUAAUCAUCUUCAGAUCAACUUCAAGCUUCACUUCAGACUUUUGGGACGCCAGUGACUGCCAUGUGACCUUAACAACCAACCUCAUGUGACCUUAACAAGUGUCACAAUGUCAUGGGUGUAAAUAACACUAAGAAAGUCAGUAGAACUGAUGAAGAACAUCAGAUAAGUGGAAAUGUUCAGGUCAAAAUAACCUGUUUUACAUUUUUUACUUAAAGUGGAAGCAUACAAAAGUGUUUUUUUCAACAUUAAAUUUUAUGUACUUGGCUCAUUUUGUCUCUUGAACAUAAAUAGGACUUGUAUUACACAGGUUAUGUUAUGUUUUGACCUGAGAACAAAACAGAUUGCAGAAGUGCUUAAUUAGUGGUUCAACUGACACCAACUGCUUGUUACAAAACUACAAAAAUAUAGACGAAUGUCACAUUACCUCCAUGACUGACAGUACAUCCAUCGCUAAGUAGCGAAACAGGACACAAGACCACAAAUAACACCAUCACUGUUUACAGAAAUAAUGAAGUUUUGGGUCUAGAUCCCAUAACUACAGAAUUCUGGAUUCUGAUUGGUCAGAAGGUGUUGAAUAAUUUUCUAGAACAGCAGCUCUGAUAGUAGCGCAGCUGCAUAUCACAGGUUUAUAUUAAUGUACUGUUGUUUCUAUAGCAACAGCUCAUUCAUAGGGACUUGCAUAUAACGUAUGUAGUUGAGGAGUUGAGGAGUUUACACUGUAUAGCUGUUUAUAGCUGCUGUAAUGUACGCGAUAACAGGAAUCUAACUUGUUUCCUAGACAUUCCACAACAAUAAACGUGACUAUAAAUGGAUAAAAAAUAUGACCAUUCUUUAAUAAAUUUUUAGAAAUGUAAUCAUUGGCAAAGUACUGUAGUGUAAGAGGAAUAAAAAAACUUCAGGAUGUGCUGUAUUUUCUUAAAACUUCACUUCUCUAAGGAAGUUCAGGCUUCAUGUACUUUGUUGUCACAAUAAAACUUUGCAAAAUGGACCUGUAAAUAACUUGAGCUGAUCAGGAACACAGUGAUAUUUCUCAUCAGCUGAACACUGCACCAAUUCCAGGCAUAAAGGAAGACAUGGACAUCAUCAUUUGCAUUGAGAUUAAAAUGAUAAAGCAGACCUCGGGCAUGGAGCUGGACUGAUUCUCACUCUCUUUCCUUCUCAUCCCAACCUGGCUGCUUCCCAAAAAUCCUGCUCAGCAUUCCGGACACUCCAUUACUUGAGCUCAAAAAUAACUAUAAGUGUCAGAUAUGAGGAGAGACUAAUUACAGCUCAUACAUCGGACAAAGACAAGCUGAACUGUUUAUCGUAUUGUUAAUAAAACCACAAUUGUUCUAAAAAAUUUUUUUUCCAGUUAAAUAAUGGUGGCUGAAUGUAAAAGACUACAUGCUUUCAAUAAACUCACUAUGAAGCCCAAA